AAGCGUGCUGUGCCUUCACACCAUGGUUUAUAUUGAAUGUGUCGCCUGAGUUGUCAGGCUUGCUUUUCCAAAGUGUCACUUGUGAUAUUUAUCAUUAAAGUUUGGUAAGCAAUGAAGUCUGAGCUCUUUGUACAGUUUUCCUAUCAUUCUGUACGUGAUUUGAGUUAGGUCUUCCAAAACUGGUGGGGAGCAAACGCCGCACAUGUACAUGUAUAAUAUUUUUAAUAAUAAUCUACAUUUGUAAGUUAAGGAGGUUUACAUCAAAAUCCAAUUAAUUUUGAAAUUUAAUGAAAUGCAGUAACUUGACUACCUUGGAAUUUUGGGCCUUUUUCCUGUAAAUGUUUUUUUUGGUCUACAUUAAUAUUUUUGGUUCCCAUUACAAAAGUCAGCAUUAAAAAAAUAAGCAGACUUUUGUUUGUUUCUCUACAUUUGUUUUUGAAACCCUAAACCUGAGUGUUUUAAGUAAAGUUCACUAACUCACUCAUUUAUUAUCUGACAGUUACACGUUGACAGCAUCCUCAUUGAAUCCUUUAUGUUAAAAGCAUAGCAGAAAGUGCUCCCAUUACUUAUUUGGCCAAACUACUGUUUGGUCCAUGCAAGAGAAACAUGGAAGUGUCUUCAUGUAUGUUAUUUCCUUGAGGGUAUAAAGUUCAGAAGGAAAUAUUGAUACCAUAUCUUCUAAUAGUUUUGCUCUGUUCCCAGUGAACCUCCUUAAACUGCAUGUAUAUGUCACUGUUCCGAUGUAUGUGUGUCUCUCUAUCACGUAACCCAGCACUUAUUUCCUCAGCCAAGUGGCUAGGGGGCGAGCCUAGCCAAGAUUUUACCUCCAAUGGACGCAAGUUUCUUUGGUGAAGAUCUCUCCUGAGAGUUCGGGACUAGCAGAAAGAAGCGAGGAAAUUUCGACCGUUUGGUUCUUACGGAUAGAUAUGAUGGACGUGGUCACCUGCAUGACCUUUCUGAGUACGAUGCUGAGUAUUCCACAUGGAACAGAGAUUAUCAGCUGUCUGAAGAGGAGGCGCGAAUAGAGGCCCUGUGUGAUGAAGAGAGAGGAAGAAUACAAGCGAUUGAGUGAAGCACUAGCAGAGGAUGGGAGCUACAAUGCCGUGGGGUUCACUUACGGUAGCGACUAUUACGACCCGUCAGAGCCGACGGAGGAGGAGGAGCCUUCCAAACAGAGAGAAAAAAAUGAGGCUGAAAAUUUAGAGGAAAAUGAAGAGCCCUUCGUUGCCCCCUUAGGAUUGAGCGUCCCGUCUGACGUGGAGUUGCCACCAACCGCUAAAAUGCACGCCAUCAUCGAGCGCACGGCCAGCUUCGUGUGCAGGCAGGGAGCACAGUUUGAGAUCAUGCUGAAGGCCAAGCAGGCCCGGAACUCCCAGUUCGACUUUCUGCGCUUCGACCACUACCUCAACCCCUACUAUAAGUUCAUCCAGAAAGCCAUGAAAGAGGGACGCUACACUGUCCUGGCAGAAAACAAAAGUGACGAGAAAAAAAAAUCAGGAGUCAGCUCUGACAAUGAAGAUGAUGAUGAUGAAGAAGAUGGGAAUUACCUUCAUCCCUCUCUCUUUGCCUCCAAGAAGUGUAACCGCCUUGAAGAGCUGAUGAAGCCCUUGAAGGUAGUGGACCCAGAUCAUCCCCUUGCAGCGCUUGUUCGUAAGGCACAGGCUGACAGUUCCACUCCCACCCCACACAACGCAGACGGUGCGCCUGUGCAGCCCUCCCAGGUGGAGUACACGGCAGACUCGACCGUGGCAGCCAUGUAUUACAGCUACUACAUGCUACCGGACGGCACUUACUGCCUGGCGCCGCCUCCUCCCGGAAUCGACGUGACUACUUACUACAGCACCCUUCCUGCUGGCGUGACCGUGUCUAACUCCCCUGGAGUGACGACCACCGCCCCACCACCUCCUGGGACCACACCACCACCGCCCCCAACCACAGCAGAGACUAGCAGCGGGGCCACCUCCACAACCACCACCACAAGUGCACUUGCCCCCGUGGCCGCCAUCAUCCCCCCGCCCCCUGACGUCCAGCCCGUGAUUGACAAGCUGGCCGAGUAUGUCGCCAGGAACGGCCUGAAGUUCGAGACCAGUGUUCGUGCCAAGAAUGAUCAAAGAUUUGAGUUCCUGCAGCCGUGGCACCAGUAUAAUGCCUAUUAUGAGUUUAAGAAGCAGUUCUUCCUCCAGAAAGAAGGGGGCGAUAGCACGCAGGCUGUGUCUGCACCAGAAGAGGCUCCCACAGACUCUGCUCCCGAGAAGCCAAGUGAUGCUGGGGAGGAUGGCGCGCCUGAAGACGCAGCCGAGGUGGGAGCACGGGCAGGCUCAGGCGGGAAGAAGGAGGCAUCGUCCAGUAAGACCGUCCCGGACGGGAAGCUGGUGAAAGCUUCCUUUGCUCCAAUAAGCUUUGCAAUCAAGGCCAAAGAAAAUGAUCUGCUUCCCCUGGAAAAAAAUCGUGUUAAGCUAGAUGAUGACAGUGAUGAUGAUGAAGAAAGCAAAGAAGGCCAAGAAAGUUCUAGUAGUGCUGCAAACACUAACCCAGCAGUUGCCCCACCCUGUGUAGUUGUUGAGGAGAAGAAGCCUCAACUUACCCAGGAGGAGCUAGAAGCAAAGCAAGCAAAGCAAAAGCUGGAAGAUCGCCUCGCAGCUGCUGCCCGGGAAAAGCUGGCCCAGGCGUCUAAGGAGUCAAAAGAGAAACAGCUUCAAGCAGAACGUAAAAGGAAAGCGGCGUUAUUUUUACAGACCCUCAAAAAUCCUCUGCCAGAAGCAGAAGCUGGGAAAAUUGAGGAGAGUCCUUUCAGUGUCGAGGAAUCCAGCACUAUGCCCUGCCCUCUACUGACUGGAGGCAGGCCUCUGCCUACUUUAGAAGUUAAACCACCCGAUAGGCCUUCGAGCAAAAGCAAAGAUCCACCGAGAGAAGAAGAGAAAGAAAAGAAAAAGAAAAAGCACAAAAAAAGAUCUCGAACAAGAUCACGUUCUCCCAAGUCCCAUUCGUCAUCCAAGUCCAGGUCUAGAUCACACUCAAAAGCAAAGCAUUCUCUUCCCAGUGCCUAUCGGACAGUGCGGCGGUCGAGAGUCACAGCCUCCCCAGGGACGCUGCGCGCGGAGCCCUGUCAGAGCAGCGCGUCAGUGACAGCGGCAGCCGAGCCAGGAAGUUAUCAGGCAGCCUCCACCACCACCAGAUUUGACUCCGCGAGCUCUUUUGAGGGAAAACCUGGUAAAACGUCAAGGUCCCGCUCCCGGUCCCCUCGGAGGAGAGCCCACUCCCCUGAGAGACGGAGGGAAGAGAGGAGUGUGCCCACUGCCUACCGCGUGAGCAGCAGCCCUGGGGCCAGCAGGAAGCGGACCCGCUCCAGAAGUCCCCACGAGAAGAAGAAGAAGAGGCGGUCCCGGUCGCGGACCAAGUCCAAGGCCAGGUCUCAGUCGGUGUCACCCAGCAAGCAGGCAGCGCCCCGGCCCGCGGCCCCCGCGGCCCCCUCGGCGCACUCAGCCAGCGUCUCCCCUGUGGAGAGUCGGGGCUCCAGCCAGGAGCGCUCCAGGGGAGUCUCUCAGGAAAAAGAAGCCCAGAUCUCUUCAGCAAUCGUUUCUUCCGUGCAGAGCAAAAUCACUCAGGAUCUCAUGGCCAAAGUCAGAGCGAUGCUUGCAGCUUCCAAAAACCUGCAAACCAGCGCUUCCUGAGACGGGGCCAGCGGAGGCAGAGCCGGGAGGCUGCGUGGGCUUCUGGGCAGGCUCACGCGGACGCUGGCCACACCAUCCACCUGGCCGCCUCCGUGGACCCUUGGUGGCUUUUGUAAAUUAAUUUUUGAUGACAUUUUGAGUUUUAAGAUUUCUGACCAGCAGUCUCUUACCUGUAUAUUUGUAAAUAUAUCAUGUUUCUGUGAAAAUGUAUUAUGAAAUAAAAUGGGAGGAAACACCUUUUCUAGCUA